GUCAUUGAUCACGUGAUAGAUUUAAAAAGAGGCUAAACCAUCCUGCCGUUACGCAGCGAGCUCAAUUUCAAACAGACGAGACACAGAGUAACACGCACUAAGUUCUGCAAUUAAAAUGAGAGAAAUAGUUCAUAUGCAAGCUGGCCAAUGUGGCAAUCAAAUCGGUGCUAAGUUCUGGGAAGUUAUUUCUGAUGAACAUGGUAUUGACCCAACUGGAACUUACCACGGUGAUUCUGAUCUUCAGUUAGAAAGAAUCAACGUUUACUACAAUGAAGCCACAGGUGGUAAAUAUGUCCCUAGGGCAGUUUUGGUCGAUUUGGAGCCAGGAACCAUGGACUCCGUCAGAUCUGGUCCCUUUGGACAGAUAUUCCGCCCAGACAAUUUCGUCUUUGGUCAGUCAGGAGCUGGUAACAACUGGGCUAAAGGUCACUACACAGAAGGAGCUGAAUUGGUAGAUUCUGUUCUCGAUGUAGUCCGAAAGGAAGCUGAAAGCUGUGAUUGUCUUCAAGGAUUUCAACUUACACAUUCCCUUGGUGGUGGAACUGGUUCUGGUAUGGGAACCCUCCUCAUCUCAAAAAUCCGAGAAGAAUACCCUGACAGAAUUAUGAAUACCUUCUCCGUCGUCCCCUCACCAAAGGUAUCUGAUACAGUUGUUGAACCCUACAAUGCCACCCUCUCAGUUCAUCAACUGGUAGAAAAUACAGAUGAAACUUACUGUAUUGAUAAUGAAGCUCUAUACGAUAUCUGCUUCAGAACCUUGAAACUCACCACACCAACCUACGGUGAUCUCAAUCAUCUGGUAUCAGCCACCAUGUCUGGAGUAACCACAUGUCUCCGAUUCCCUGGUCAACUGAAUGCUGAUCUCCGAAAACUCGCUGUAAACAUGGUACCCUUCCCACGUCUCCACUUCUUUAUGCCUGGAUUUGCUCCACUUACAUCCAGAGGAUCUCAACAAUACAGGGCCCUGACUGUUCCUGAACUUACUCAACAGAUGUUCGAUGCCAAGAACAUGAUGGCUGCCUGUGAUCCAAGACACGGUAGAUACCUGACAGUAGCUGCCAUGUUUAGAGGUCGUAUGUCCAUGAAGGAGGUAGAUGAACAAAUGUUGAACGUUCAGAACAAGAAUUCGAGCUACUUUGUUGAAUGGAUCCCCAACAACGUUAAGACUGCAGUCUGUGACAUUCCACCCAGAGGCCUGAAGAUGUCUGCCACCUUUAUUGGUAACAGCACAGCCAUCCAAGAACUCUUCAAGAGAAUCUCUGAACAGUUCACUGCUAUGUUCAGAAGAAAGGCUUUCCUCCAUUGGUAUACUGGUGAAGGUAUGGAUGAGAUGGAAUUUACUGAAGCUGAAUCUAACAUGAAUGAUCUGGUAUCUGAAUAUCAACAGUACCAGGAUGCUACAGCUGAAGAGGAAGGAGAAUUUGAUGAAGAGGAAGAUCAGGAAGAAGCUUAAUUCUGAAUUUUAAAUUAUAAUCCAAAAUAAAGUUUUACAUUUGCAAACGGCAAUAUUAUCAGAAAUAUCAAACAUUUUUUAUUGCAUUUAUUUCGUCGAUAAGAUCCAAACUUUAAAACCAAAGAGAUUAUUUUUUUAGCCGAAAUACUUAAUUUUUUUUUACUGUAAACAUAUCAAUGGUUAUACUUUAUUUUACAGCAAGGUUUUCAUUUAUCAACAUAACCUGUCUAAAUAUUCGUUUUUCCUUAUUUUCUGUCUAUUCUGAACUUGUCUUAUUUUCUAUUUUGUCUUUGUAAAACUGUUUUUGGAUGUUCGUUCCGAAGAAGGUUGUGAUCCGAGCUGUAUUGAAAUCCUAAAGUUUAAUCAUAAUAAAGAUAUAAAAAUUAUUUUAAUUCCCUUGUUGCAUAAGAACCACCCCAUUUCCCACAGCCUUGAACAUGAAAGGUUAUUGAUGUCACU